CAAUAGAAAGUCAUUAGUUAAUUUUUCUGCAUAUGGAAAAAGACCAACGUAAAACACGAGUAAAAAAAUUAAACGCGAAAUUACCAGAUGAUAUUAAAGAAAAAUCGUAUUUAACCAGAAAUGUGGACACAUCGAUAGCAAUCUUGAAUAGUCCAGAAGACGAUAUAGUAUUAGAAGCUUUACUAUUUCUAUCGAAAUAUGCGGAUAUUUGCUUAAUAAAUUUGAACUAUUUACAACAGAAAGGGUUGUUGAAAAAAGUAUUGGAUUUAUUUGAUCGAAAUAUAUGCGUGCUGAGAUUGUCACUGAGACUUCUAAGUACCCUUUUAACUAUAGAAGAUGUAGUUUUCGAAUUCGAUCAAGGAAUAUAUGACAACUAUAUUAAAAGAAUUACAGAAUUUUAUAUUACCCACAAAGAUUCGUACGUUAAAGAAUUCUCCGUCACCAUAUUAAUGAAAUUAGCUAAUAGUUGUAGAAUAACGAGCUUGAUUUUCUCGGUUGAUUUAUUAAAUCCCAUAUUAGCUACCCUUAAGUCGCUCAAGAAUUUAGGUUUAUUGCAAAACACUAUGGCAUUAUUCGACGCACUCCUUACUGCUCCUGCAGCGUUAAGUGUCCUACCCGAAUUGAAAAAUUUUGAUGCAUCUGUUAUAGUAAACUAUUUAAAACACACCGACAAAGAAGUAAAAAUGUUGGCCUUCAAGAUAAUUUCGAAGCUUACGUUGUUUGCGUUAGAUAAUUACCAAACUAUGUUUAAAAAUCAAAAAUUAGUUGAAAAAAUGAUGGAGGUGGUAAUGAAUCCAGAACUUAAAGUGAAUCAUGCAUUAGCGAUGCAAAUAAUAUCGAAUUGUUUAAAUUCUGAUAUAACUUCAACGUACUUCAUAGAAUCUGUACAGUUCUUAGAAUUUUGCUGUUGGGUGAAAACAUGUGAUAAUGAAUAUCUUUACCAAUCCGUUGAUAUAUUUUUGAAGCUAUCCGCUAUACCGAGCAUAAGACAAAUACUAUUCGAUCUUUCAGUUGAAGAAUCUAUUCUUUAUUUUCUGAGGAGCAAUGAGAAGUGUAUUCUCAAUAAAACUUGUGAAGCUAUUUCAUAUAUGAGUGAACACAAAUAUUGUUGUGAACACAUGUUGACAACCACCGUUGUUGGAACUAUUUUUAAUAUGUUGGAUCGAACAGACGAUGAAGAGGAUCCACAAAAUGAUAUUGCCUAUAGAACUUUAGCAAAUCUUACGAAAAGGUCUUUUAAGGCUAUGUCUAUUUUAAACCAAUUGGGUGCUCAAGCGAAAUUCAUUGAUUUAUUCAGUAAAGGUCUAACGGUUAUGUCUGAUGAAAGUUUUUCGAAUGUAACAGAAAUAUUAUAUCAUUUCGUAGUUCACCCUAAUUACCAACAUACUGUAGUGAAUUCCAGAUUAUUUAAAGAACUUUUGAAAGCAAUACAAAGCAAUCACGAAAACGUCUCUAAUUUAUCAACAGAAAUGAUUACAUACUGUUUAGCCAAUCCAGAUUUUGUAGAUCUUUUUCUAAAUCAGAAUGGACCUGAAAUUGUAGUGGAGACGUUGAAUGGAACAAAUAGUUUGAAAUUACAAAAAAGUUUAUUAGUUUUAAUACACUGUAUGUUGUAUAACGAAGCAGUGACAGUGGAGUUUAUAAAAGCAGGACUGAUUAAAGUUUUAAAAGACUUUCCAGAACAUAUAAAAGUUAGAUCGCCGUUAAUCAAAACUGUUUUGGAUUUGAUUUUUAACGCUUAUUUACCAUUGAAGUUUUAUGAAACACAUCGUCUCCAUAUCACUGAUAAAUUGAACAAUCAAUUUUAUUUGAUUAAUGGAGUUUGGAGAGGUAGUUUUCCGUUUUUGGAUAUACUCAGAUACGAAAAAGUAGCGCCUAUUGUAUCAAUUUACGUUGUGGAUUAUACAUACGAAGUCAAAGAACCCUAUGAAAAGUUAUCUAAUACCUCAAGCUCAUUGUUUGAAGAAAGUAAAUUAGAUUUUAUGGUAGAUUCAAUGAUUUUAAAACGAAGUUUGAAUACAUUCUUCCAUCGGGAAUCAGCUCAUAGUAUUCAUUACGACGUUGUUUUGAUAGGUGACCUAUCUCCUGACCCCUAUCUACCAAAAUAUAUCUACCACAUCAAUAAAUUGUUUGAAGAAGGAAAAGAAAAAUCUUUAAUUGACAAAAUAAGAAUGUUAUCUAUAUAUGUUGAUACAAUGAUGUGUGGACCGGAUGAAAGUUUGAAGGUUCCUCAAAAGUAUCACACAUUCCUCUUACAUAUUCAAAGUUUGAAACUGAAAUUGGGCACAAAUAUGAUUCCAAUUGGGUACCUUAGAAUUGGAUUCCAUUGCGAAAGAUCUCUUCUAUUUAAGGCAAUAGCUGAUAGAAUAUGUAUACCAUGUUCAUUGGUCCAAGGAGAAAAUCACAUUUAUUGGAAUGAAGUAGCCUUAUUAGAAGAUGAUAACAGUAAGUCAGGUCCUGUGUUAGUUUUCUACAUUGUAGAUUUGAUGAAUAGAGUCGGGUCAUUGAUACCUGUUGGAAGUAGAGACGCUGAUCAAUACUGUAACGAAAAACAUUAUAAUAAAUAAUAUAUAGCAUGUUC